AUGGCCCUAAGGUGGGGCCUCCUGGGGGCCCUCUCGGGGUCCAGCAGCUGUGCCCUGUGGGCCUGGGUGCAGCGGCGGCGCAGCGAAGCCCUCCUGGAGGCCUUCCACAGUGUAGCUGAGGGGCCCCCGGGGGUCCUCCAGGGGGCCCCCCAGGGGGGCCCCCUGGGGGGCCCCCGCUGGGGGCCCCCCAAGCAGACCUCCCACUGUUCUACGCUGACGGAGCUGCAGCUGCUGACGAAUCGGGUGGUUGUUGCUGUGGCAAAAGCUGUCUGCAGCGCAGCAGCAGCAGCAGCAGCAGCACAGGAGGGGUCCCCCAGCAGCAGCAGGGACACGGGAGGCUGCAGCUUGAGGCUUCUGCACUCACAGCAAGACGCGAAAGCAACAGCAGCGCCAUCUGCUGCUGCAGCGUCAGCAGACUCUGCUGCAGCUGCUGCUGUGGGCGAGAGGCAGGCUAGCAGGAGCAGCAGGCUUGGACGCGGCUUCAGCAGCGCAGUUUGCUGUCGCUUGGACGGCAGCAGCUACAGCAGCAGCAGCAGCAGCAGCACCAGCAAAAAGAGCGCAACGUCUGCAGGAGCUGCAGAGGGUGGGAAUUGCCUGCAGCAGUACCUCGCUGCUACAGGCUGCUGCUGCUGCUCGUUAUGGCUGCUUUGA